AUGGGGCCCGCGAAGAACAGGUCGAGGAGCGCGAGGUGCUCGAGUCCCAUCUUUCCCGAAGAAAUCCACAGGAUAAAGGUCGUCCUCGACGUCGUCGGCGAGGAGGACGCCCCCGAACCCCCGACCAUGCUCCUCCACGUCCGCUACCCCGAAGCCUACCCGGACGAGGCCCCCUUUCUCGACCUCAACCCGGAGCAGCAGGCCGGCGCGCCGCACCCGCACUUCUCCGUCGCCGACGACAAGGCGGCGCUGCUGGCGUCGCUCGGCGAGACGGUCGAGGAGAACCUCGGCGUCGCCAUGGUCUUCUCGCUGUACGCCACGCUCAAGGACGCCGCCGAGCAGCUCAUCACCGACCGCAAGGCCGCCGUCGAGCGCCGCCGCGAGGAGGCCGUCAUGGCGGCCGAGCGCGAGGAGAACAAGAAGUUCCAGGGCACCCCCGUCACGCCCGAGACGUUUCUGCGGUGGCGCGACGAUUUUCGGCGCGAGAUGGAGGAGGCGCGCCUGCAGCAGGAGGAGGAGAGGCUGGCCGAGCUGAAAAAGGCAAAGGUCAAGGAGCCCGUCAAGAUGACGGGCCGGCAGCUCUGGGAGGGCGGCCACGUCGGCAAGGUGACGUAUGACGAGGGCGAUGACGAGGACGGCGGCCUGGCCGAGGGCGUGGAGAAGCUCAAGGUUGAGGCGGCGUAG